AUGAAGGAAAACCCUCAAGCAGACGAUCAACAGCCUUCUGAACUGGAACAACAUUCUGCCGAUAGUCUACCACAAAAUCAGCAACCUACUGUCGACAUAAUGAAUGAAAACCCUCGACCAGACGAUCAACAAUCUUCUGAACUGGAACAACAUUCUGCCGAUAGUCUACCACAAAAUCAGCAACCUACUGUGGACAUAAUAAAUGAAAACCCUCGACCAGACGAUCAACAGCCUUCUGAACUGAAACAACCCCCUGUGAGUGUGGAAAUAAUUAAUGAAAACCCGCGAGCAGCCGAUCAACAGCCUCCUGUCGAUAUGAUUAAUGAAAAGGAAAAUUCUGAUAAUGAAAAGGCUGCUUUUUUAACGCAAAAUCAAACGAAAUUCAGAAGGCUG